AUGAGUACAAAGCUAGAAAACGAGGCAGAGGAUGCCAACAUCUCAUAUCCCUCGCCCGGCACUGAGGCAAUGGAAGCUGGCCCUUUUUACAACACUAGUGGCCGAGACGUCCCUCAAGACCACCAAGAGCACGAGCACCAUGAGCAUCAUGAGUCCCAUCACGAGCCUCAUCAUGAACAGUUAGACCAUCAUGCGCCGGAACAAGUACAACAUGUGCAAGCUCCAGAGCACAAUCAGAAUGACCUGCAACCUCCAGAACCGGAAACCCCUCAGCAGCACGUUCCUCGUCCUGCCAACCUGGAAGAGCUUCAGCUGGCAGCCCAGUUAGGCCAAGGUCUAGCUGGAGCGCCCAUGAUGCCAGCCACAGACCCCAACAUGAACGUCGAGGACCCCAACCUGCGAAGCAUCAUGCCUCACCCUGACCCCGAGCAGCAGCAGACACCGUCAUAUGUUCACGAUACUCCGACGAGCGACCAAAUGGUAUCGCACGCCAUGUCUGUUUCUGUUGGGCCACCAAUGGGCCCCCAAUACCCUAUCGACAACAGCAUCCCACCCAGAAAACGAUCAAAGGUGUCAAGGGCGUGCGACGAGUGUCGGAGGAAGAAAAUCAAGUGUGACGCCCAGUCAGAUACUGGGGACGCUCCCUGUUCCAGUUGUGCUAGAUCAUCCAUUAGAUGCCUAUUCAGCCGCGUACCGCAGAAAAGGGGUCCAAGUAAAGGAUAUAUCAAAGAACUUGCAGAUCGCAUCCAUAGCAUCGAAAACAAGCUCGAGUCCGAUGGAGGCCUGAGCCAAGACGACAUCGACAGACUCUUUUCCACAGAUCGACCUCGGCAAAGCCAAGGCGAGGAUGCUGCUCGAAAACGACCCUUUUCCAGUAUUUCGACAAACGAUUUUGUUACACCCUCGCGACAAAUGCCAUGGGGCUCGGACCACAGGAUGCAGGCCUCACCAGGGACUUCUGAAGCAUAUUCAGCUUACAACAACAACUCGUUGGCACCCCAAGCUACACCCAUUAGGCCAGACACUACGCCCUCGAAACCUCCCGUGGCUGCCAUGGACGUGUCAAUGCCAGAUGCUCAUGAGACCGUUGACAUCGACGAAAGCAUGCUACAGAGUUAUUUGUCAACUGUUGGCCCUGUGUAUCCGAUAUUGCCAAGCACAAAGAAUCGAAUGCAGGCGUUACUCGCGCAGUGCCCAACAUCGGUCCAGAAUGCAUUCGCCAAUGCUCUUCCCGCUGUCGUAGGAUCCGGUGGUGACACAAAGCUUGCUAGCUUGCUACUUAUGGAACGCGAGAGCGAUGAAACCCAUGCCACACAAGCCACCUAUAUUGUCCAUGCCCAAACGCUGUUGCUGCUUAUUAUCGACGCAGACUGGCGUUCUUCACCAACUCUGCCUUACUUGCUUUCUCGUGCAGUUGGUCUGGCCAAUUCGAUUAAUCUAUGGCGAUACACUCCCGUCGAGUUGGUUUUGGAGUCCGACUCGGACUCAGAUGACCAGCUAUCAGUGCGGAUAUGGUGGUCAUUGAUCCUGAUGGACCGUUGGCAUGCUGUCGGCAAAGGAAAACCACCAAUGAUACCCGACAAUAGUACAGUCGCUCCUCCUGGCCUGGAGAAGAUCCUGGGAGAUGUGUGCUUUUACCUUGCUCGACUUUCAAAGCUGCUCAACUGUCUGUGGCAAGCUAUCUUCACAUUGCAGCUCGGAAUGUCCACAACCGAGGAGAUAGUGGCACGCAUACUCGCAGAUUAUGUCGAGAACUACCGAGAAGAUCUCCCUGCGCAUAUCUUGGCUACGUCGCAUCCCGUGGUGCAUCUAGCAUACUGGCACUGUAAGCUCAUGGUUGUGCUUUUGACACCAGGCGCUACGCCGACCGAAACGUUAUGGCCUACCAAGGAAGUGAUCAACCUUCUCUUUGCAAACGAGCACCUACGCAGUCCACUCGUCAAUCACUUUGUGUCUCUUAUCACGAUGUCUCUGGCGAAGCUUGUCAAGAUCGACAAGUCGCGAGAAGAAGCCACACAGCUGAUCAAGGGCAUUGUGGAAAAGCCAAACGAAAUGUGGAAUGGUGUUCGCGACAAACUCUCGGAAUUCUUGCGUCCAACAUCGUCAGUGGAGGCGGCAGCGAGCCAAGGCCUUCAACACCUGGCAGAUCUUGCCACAGCACAUGAGGGCAUUGCACCGGGAGGUGAUGAUAUCUCAUUUGGGCCAUCGUUGGCAUCAGGGUAUUUGGAUAUGGCGUAG